UAUUAUUAUUAUUAUUAUUAUUAUUAGUGUUGUUGUUAUUAUUAUUAUUAUGCUCCUGUUCUUGUUGCGAUAUUCCUUUUCAGGGGUUUCCCGGAAGUGUCGCCGUUCCUUCCGCCCGCCGCGCGGACAUGGCUGCUGUUGAUACCGAGGUGCCGAUGGAGUCGGAGCUGCAAGUGGUGACGGAGAAGGACAUGGAGAGGGAAGCAGAAUGCUUCAAGGAACAAGGGAAUGCCUUUUAUAAUAAGAAGGAUUACUAUGAAGCUUUUAACUACUACACAAAAGCCAUAGAUGCAUGCCCUAAGAACGCCAGUUACUAUGGAAACAGAGCUGCCACCCUGAUGAUGUUAAACCGAUACAGAGAGGCACUGGAGGACUCCCAGCAGGCUGUGCGGUUGGAUGACUGCUUUAUGAAGGGGCAUCUGCGAGAGGGGAAGUGCCACUUGUCCUUGGGCAACGCCAUGGCUGCCAGUCGCUGUUUCCAGAAAGUUCUCCAGUUGGAGCCUGACAAUGGCCAGGCACAGCAGGAGCAUAAGAACGCCGAAGCUGUUUUGCAAUACGAGAAGAUGGCAGAGUUGGAUUUUGAAAAGAGAGAUUUUCGGAAGGUUGUCUACUGUAUGGACCGUGCCUUGGAGUUCGCGUCUGCCUGUCAUCGCUUCAAGAUCCUUAAGGCGGAAUGCCUGGCAUUGAUAGGGCGCUACCCUGAAGCUCAAUCUGUGGCCAGCGACAUUCUGCGGGUGGACUCGACGAAUGCGGACGCCUUGUAUGUGCGUGGCCUGUGCCUCUACUAUGAGGACUGCAUUGACAAAGCGGUGCAGUUCUUUGUGCAGGCCCUGCGCAUGGCUCCUGACCACAAGAAGGCCCGGCUUGCCUGCAGGAAUGCCAAAGCCCUGAAGGCCAAGAAGGAGGAGGGAAACCAAGCAUUCAAGGAGGGGAACUACGAGUCUGCCUAUGAGCUGUACUCCGAGGCACUGACAAUAGACUCCAACAACAUCAAGACCAACGCCAAGCUUUACUGCAAUAGGGCCACGGUGGGCUCCAAGCUGAAGAAAAUCGAGCAAGCCAUUGAAGAUUGCACCAACGCCAUUAAGCUGGAUGAGACAUAUAUAAAGGCCUACCUGCGGAGGGCGCAGUGUUACAUGGACACAGAAAGCUACGAGGAAGCUGUGCGUGACUAUGAAAAGGUGUAUCAGACAGAGAAGACAAAGGAACACAAACAUCUCCUAAAAAAUGCCCAGCUGGAGCUGAAGAAGAGCAAACGGAAAGAUUAUUACAAGGUGUUGGGUGUGGGCAAGAAUGCCACAGAGGACGAGAUCAAGAAGGCCUACCGCAAAAGGGCUCUUAUGCACCACCCAGAUCGCCACAGUGCAGCCACUCCUGAAGUGCAGAAGGAGGAGGAGAAGAAGUUCAAGGAGGUGGGUGAGGCCUUCACUGUGCUGUCCGACCCCAAGAAAAAGUCAAGAUAUGACAGCGGCCAUGACUUGGAGGAUGAUGGCAUCAAUAUGGACUUUGAUGCCAACAACAUCUUCAGGGCAUUCUUUGGAGGCCCUGGAGGCUUCAGUUUUGAAGGAAGUUCAUCAUCUGGACCAGGAAAUUUCUUUUUCCAGUUUGGCUAAAGUGAAAGGUCCAAGUGUGCAUUGUAGAUGUGUCAAGGACAUUAUGGAUUCACCUCCCCAAUCUCAUUUUAAUAUGUUUGAUGUUUCUCAGUGGAAUGUCAAAUGGAUGCCUUCAUGUGAAAACAAGUAUCAACCUAAAUACAUCUGAAUAUGGAAAUACUGAUACACUUCCUUUAUAAUUAGAAAAAAAAACAUUUUAUUACAAUUUUAGCAUUUCAAACUGAAUUUUCCUAAUAUUGUUUUAUGUGCAACUUAAAUUUGCUUUCUUGUUUCCCUAAAAAACCACAUGUGGAAUGAUUAAUUCUUAAAAUAUGGAUCCAAAAAUAUGUUAAGUAGUGAUUUGUGGCUGAACUGUACAUCCCAGUCCAGCUCAGAGUCGUCAGCAGCUCAUUGGUGCUAAAGGAAACUCUUGACUGAACAACUCAGUAGCACAGACAAAGUAUGCAGAGGAAGAAAUGCAAAAACUUGAAUCUUGUGACCUUUUUAAUGCCUGCAGACUCAAGGAGAAUACCGAUGUAGAUGGUACGUACGCAUGUCCAACUUGUACAUAUUGAGCUAAACGAGAGUGAAAUCGGACUUAUGUAGAAUCAGCCUUGGACGUCUUUGUGAAUGCAAUUUCGUCGUCAGGUUGUGAUCAUGAAGAGUGCUCAUUGGGAAAUGGCAGGUAAACGAUAAAAAUCGAGAUGACUGCCAGGGUGUCGCAGGCAGUUGACGGUUAUGUCCAGUUCCUGCCUUUACCUCAACAGUGUUCCUCACUCUGCAGAUUGUCUAAUAUUUUCUUUGUCUCAUCUCUCUAUUGCACAUUUCAUUGGAAUGUAAAGUGCUUAUUUGUACUGAUGGUUCAUCUUUUUUAGUUUCAAUUUUUUAUAUAUAUACUAUAUAAAUAUGUAUUUAUUUUAAAUAUGCAGUGUACAUCAUGUCAACACAGCUACCCAGUGUGGACAAACCACUGACAGUCCCACUUUUUUCAUUUUUAUUUUGUUUUCAGGAAAAUUGCUGUCAAAUCUGUUUAGAACUUUGUCUUAUCCUGGUUGCACCGAGGAUUCCAAAGUACCAUAAAUGUGUCGAUGCAACGUACUCUUCAGUUGUGUGUGUGUGUGUGUGUGUGUGUGUGUGUGUGUGUGUGUGUUUGUGAGAGGGAGGAUAAAUGUAUGUGUGCUGUCAUUAUCAUGCACCAGUUCAACUUGCAUGACAACACAACUCAUCUCAUGUGGGUCAUUUAGGAGAUGCAGAUUUUGUCAUCUAGAACGGGAGAUGAUCGGGCUCAGAGACACUGCGGGAGGUUGCAUCUGCUUCAUCGUUGCCAUGUGCCUACCACUGUGUGACAAGCUAAUACUGUACAGUGUAAAGUGUUGUUACCACCUUUUUAUAAUUAAUAUGCCGGAAGCUCCAAAGUACCUUUUCCUUGUUAUUUUAGUAAUAGAAAAUAAAUACUCAACUUUUACUCCAUUUUUUAGUUUGUUGU